AUGAAGAUGGCAGAGGCUUGCAUAGAUUUAGCUCCACUGGUAAAAUCAGCAGUGAACUUCUUGUAUCGUCUAUCUUUAUCCAAAAAUAUGAAGUCGAGGCAUUGCUACAAGAAAAUGGCCCAAGAGUUAGAGAAAAUAGAAGGACCUCUUUAUUCGCUGGACUACCUGAAGAACAUCAAGUGGGCUGGAGCUAAAACAAUUGAAAAGAUCCAGGAGUUGAUAGACAGAAGAAUUCUAGAAGACAUAAAAACGGAGGAGGAUUUUGAGAAGUAUCUGAAUGUUCUCUCACCGAGGGCAUAUGAAGAAAGCAAAAGAAAGUUAUGGAAAGAAGGCACAGAGAAGAGCGAUUCCAAGGAUAAACAAUACAAGAAGGAGAAAGACAACAUAUCCAAGAAGAGAAAAUACAUUCCUGGAUAUAGAACAGGAAGUUAUGGAAUAAUGAAAGCACUAUGGAUAAGAGAAGGGAUUGGUAGGCAUGAGAUAGCACGGAUAGGAAGAAAUUACUGUGACUCAGAGUUUGACUUUGGAUCAAGACAUUCUGCUUGGUCAUCCAUGAAAACACUAGUUAGAAAGGGAUUUGUGUAUAAAGAGGGAAGAUCGAAAUUCUACCUUACAGACGAAGGAAGGGAGCUAGCAGCAACAAUGUUUGCAAAUACAUCUGUUGUUGAGGAGGAAGACGAGAUUACACUUCUGGUAGAUACUAGGGAAGUAAAGAGUAGGAGAUCCAGGCUGUUUUUCCAAGAGUAUUUUGAAUCUCAACAAAUCAGGCACGAGACAAGAGCUCUUGAGGUAGGGGAUUUUCUUUGGGUCAGAGGCGAGAGGGUUUGUAGCUCGAUAAUCGAAAGGAAAAGAGGAAGCGACCUUGUAAGUAGCAUAGUAGAUGGAAGAUUUAAAGAGCAAAAGAACAGGCUGAAAAACACAGGAAUAAGAAAGAUUUUUUAUAUUGUAGAAGGACUAAAGAACAGCCAUAUGCAAAAUGUAGGUAAAGAGACUAUAGUAUCGUGCAUGGCGGCAACUAGGCUGGAGGGAUUCAUUGUCAUGGAGACAGAAGACAUAGGCCAGACAGGCUCAGUGAUCCGUAUGAUAGAUUACGAAGUGAAAAAGGAACAAGAGAAAAAAAAGAAGACUUCGAACAAAUUAGACCAUUGCGAAGAAUCCAGUGAAUGUCUAGAAGAUCCUGACGAAGAGAUGGAGAUGAGCUAUGAAAGCUUUAUUGAUAAAAGCACUAAGUCGAAAGGAAAAACUCAGACCUAUCUGCUGUACAUGUCUCUUCUCUCUAUUAAAGGAAUAGGCCAUAAAAAGGCGCUUAUACUGGCCGAACGGUAUAAGACAAUCGGGGGACUAAUAAGUAGAGUAAAAGCUGAUGGAGUAAACAAGCUUUAUGACUUUGAAAUAAACGGAAAAAAAAUAUCUAGAAAGAAUGGAAAUGACAUAAUAGACUUUUUUCUGAAGUGA